AUGGCUACAACUACAACGCUAAUCAAACACAUAACUUUUCUCUUGUUGUUGUUAUUAUUUGUGCUUAUUGCAUCCCCAAUCGUAAAUGCGAUGCUUGUCAAAGACGUGCAUGCAUUUUGCAAGGAGACAAAUGAUGUGAACUUCUGCUUGAAAUACAUUGGAGCAGACAAACGUAUAUCAGCUGCACGCGAUCUCAACGACGUGCUUUUGAUUGUGUUUUCUCAGUGCAAAAUUCAAGUGACUGAAGCAACCAAACAUAUCAGCAAAGUCCGCCAAAAGUUUAGUGGUCCGAUUGGGAAAGAACGGAUCAAGUUUUGUGAGAGGAACUACGGGUUGGCGUCAGGUUUGUUCCAAGAAGCAUAUGAAACAGGAAAACAAAAAGCACUUGCAUACAGAGCUCACUUAACUGCACAGAGCGGCUCAGACUAUGUGCGCAAGUGCGAAGAAGAAUGGAAAAAGAAUGGUCCAAUACAAAAAUCUCCUGUGACUUUCUAUAAUACAAAUGUUAUAAAACUAUUUUCUAUUAUUCGUGUUAUUAUCAGCAAGGUGAAGACUUAG